AUGGCGAAGAGAACAAAGGCGAUCAGCGGCUCUACAUCAUCGGAAACCUCACCACCGGCGUCAGAAGAAGUCACUGCUAGCAAUGUUGAUCUCCUUUCAGAUAUCCUUUUACGCGUUCCUCCUAAAUCCCUACUCACUUUCAAGUCCGUCUCCAAGUAUUGGCUCCACCUCAUCUCCGAUUCUCAGUUUGCCUCCAACCACUCUCGUCGAAAUCGCAAUCUCUCGAUCUCUGGCUUAUACUUGGACUACGGCUAUUAUGAACCAGUUAACUCUGUCUCGCUUCACUCCCACCAAAAUCCUCCCUCACUCUCCUUCCUCAACAGUAUUAGAGAAGGGUUUCCAAUUAUGAUUCAAAGCUCUUGCAAUGGCCUACUCUUGUGCAACAACCGUCGCACUGUUGGCAAUCCUAAUAGUUAUAAACUAAGGUUGAUUGUUUGUAAUCCAACUACCCAGAAAUACACUCUUCUUCCUCAACCGCCUAAAUGUGAAUUUCUUGCUAGUUUCUUGGCUUUUGAUCCUUCAAAAUCACCUCACUACAAAGUUGUUUUGUAUCACCUUUAUGAUGAAUUUGAAAUCUACUCUUCGGAGACUGCGUCUUGGAAACUGGUUACCGUCGGUGAACCACUGGGUGUACGUGUUAAAAGGGUGUUUUGGAAUGGAGCAAUUCAUUGGUUGAAAGAAGGUGAUCGUGAAUUUCACUUUAGAUUUGAUGUUGAUGAAGAGAAGCUGUUAAAAACCCCUAUUUCUCCAGAGCCUAAAAUUGUUUCUAUAGACGAUAUUAGUUAUUAUGGAGAAUGUGGUGGUCAUUUGAUUCUUAUUCACUCGCCUUCACGCUUUGCUAUGCAAUUCAAAAUCCUUGAGAUGGAAAGGGACACCUUUGAUUGGGUUGUGAAGUGCCGCGUUAAUCUUAGACGGACAUCUCCUUUAUUGUCUGAUGAUAUAGCUUUCAGAAGAGAUAGCUAUAUAUUUCAUGUUAUAUGUGUUGUGAAGGAGGAGGAUGAUUUUGCACUGGUGAUGGCCACUGCUGGAGAGAUUGUUUAUUAUAAUGUCAAGUACAAGACAAGGAAGGUGCUUCGUCAGAUGAUUCCCCAAGGUGACUUUCGUCCAUUAUUUGGGCGCCCUGAUGGUUUUCCUAAUACUUUUCAAUUCGUUGAAAGUUUAUCUCCUCUUUGA